AUGCUCCAGGGAAUGAACGCUGCCCAGGUACCGUUGUCCCGGGGGAAGGGCGUCUCUGGCGGGACCAGGGAAAUCCGUCUCUGGCCUGACCAGGGGAAGGCGUCGUCGACUCACGCGUGGGUGGAGUUGGAAGAGAGGCCGGUCGUCUUCUGGCUCCAAACACCCCAGUCUAGUCCUCCAGUACUGCCGUUUUCUCCUCCAGCACCCCAGUCUAGUCUUCCAAGCUUGGCAGUGGCACCAGUAAGACUGUCUGUGCGUCAGCAAAAACGGGUGGAGUGCAGUAUUUGUGGGCUCAGAUUAAACAAGAGGAACCUGCUGGUUCAUAUCAGGAGGAAGCACAAAAGGAGGGUAGAAGACAUCACAGAACAACACCACCUUGCAUGCCAGUGUGUGGACCCCCAAAAUGGGAUUUUUGCUGUCGAAAAAUCUUUUUUCAAGCCAUGCACACCUAUCCAUAUUAAAAAAAAAACAUGGGGUGCAAGCCAUCAAGUAAUUUGCGAAAUGGAGGAAUGCAAUACAAAUACAGAAUUUGCUGCAAGGAGUGGAAUUGCCCUUUUUGAGUGCAAACAUUUAAAAUCUCUGCAAUUCUUCCCAAAUUCUCAGGCUACACCAGUUCAUCUUCAAGAGGAGGUGCUGUCUGAAAUGAUAGCUGCCAAAAUGUUUUCCGAGGACAGAAAAAGAACAUGCUUAAAUAGGCAAGAAGAAGCUAGAAUAUCAGGUGUUCCUCUUUCGGUUGAGGUGACCAUGGGGAGGCCUCCCUCAAAGAAAUAUAUUUCCAUCUUUGAGCCAAAAGUGUCCUAUUACAGCAGACUUGGUAGGGUAAUAGCUGCUUAUGACUCUAAAAAUAAUACAUGGCACUGCCCAUGUGCCAAACCAAGACAAUCUUGUCUCCACAAAACCAUUGCCAAGUGGCAUCUUUUUCAGGUGGACAGGCAGAUCUUUACUACUGUGACGGCCAUGGAGAGUGAUGCUGAGGGAGAGACUGACCAGCAACAAGCACAACAAGCUGGAGAAGGACCAGCAUACCCUUCCGAUGAUGCAGGUCUCAAGAGGAGGGUCACGUACUUGAUGCAAAAUAAAUCCAUACCUGCCCUGUUACUACAAGAUCUGACCAGCGGCUCCAGGGCAGCUGAAUACUUCCCAAGACACUUUAUUCCCAAGGAAACAACAUGCCAAGAGUGUGCAGGGAACAUAGCCCUCAGUGAGCCAGUGCUGAUCACACAAAAAGCAAGAUUGGUCACAUAUACCGGUGUUCUAGAAGGCAUUUCUACCUACUGCAGGAUGUGCAGUAACUGUGGACUGACCUAUCAUUAUCAGGAGUGGACUGAUGGUGUUCAUAAUUUUAAUGAUCACAUUAUCAUAACAUUACAUAUGUGCAUCUUCCUACGUGCAUCACUCCAGACCCACCAUGCUGUUAGUCGAGCCAUUGAAGUGUUGGAGCAGACUGAACUGAAGAAAUUUCCCAGUAAGAACACAAUACUUCAUGCAUACAUGCACUUUGAAGCUCUCACGAAGCACGACUACAUGUAUUCCUGCAUUAAGUGUGGAUACCAUCCAGCAGUCGUCAUGAUGGACCUUCACAAAAAGGCAGUUUUCAACAUGCCUGUAAGUGAUCUGGAGGGACCACCAGAGGACUUUGAUGGAAAUGUAAACAUAGAGGACUUUUGGAAGACUGUGACUUCCGAGCUUGUUUGCAGAGGCUUAUUACCAAGCAAUAGAAAGAACCCCUUUGUGGUUUCUCCCUCGUAUGACAACUGGGCCCCUUGGAUUGGUCCAAAGACCAGGAAAGAUGCCAGUGUUUUAAACACUGAAUAUGCCAAGCUCCAUGGACCAAGGCAGUCCUCUGAAGUGGCUGAUCUAAAUAUAACUGAGGAGAGGCUUGAAGACGUUCUGACUACCCUCAGGGUGGGCAUGGUUCGAACGCUGUGCAAGCAAUGUGGCCUUGACUCAAAUGGCUCGAAGAUGGACCUUGUCUUAAGACUUAGGGGAGAAAUGAGGAACAGAUCCUCUUAUGACAAGGUCUUUCAGAAGGUCUGGGGAGCCUCUGAGAUGCCCUAA